AUGCUGCUGGUAAUUUCAUCUACAAACAAUGGGACUGGCAAAACGCAGAAUAAGAAACGAAAAUCUACUGAUUCAACUGAAAGUAACGGGUCAAGUAAACGAAAGUCAAGUCGAUUGGCACAACUCGAAGUCAACACGACCCCCAAGCUAUCGGCGAGUCCAAACAUUAAGGAAACUGGUCUAGUGGAUGUGAUUUCAGAUAGCGACGCAUCGCUGAUUUCUUUGGGUCAGGAGACUAAAUUUACCGAGCCAGAGCUUGCGCCACCAACGCCUAGCUACACAGGACUACCGUUGGAAGAGUUUCCUUCUGCAAAGAUAAAGAAGGAGUCGCUUUGGCCUCAGAAACUAAAACGAGCCAAGGGCAAGGAUCUGGAUUCUUCGCGAGAAGUUUCUCAAACCCCUGAAACCGACGGAAUCAAAGAGCAAAAAUUGGAAGCACGCUAUAGGUCCCAAUUGAAAACACCCGUUACACGAGACAUCACCAAUGAGAGUGAGAUCAGAACGCCGCCGUCGGCUAUACCACGAGCGACAAGACCAGCGAGGUUAAAAUUAACGGUAAAGACCCCGAAACAGCCAAUAACCAAUAGAAAAACCAGCAAAAGCACUCCAAAAAAUGCACUCAAAAAAUUAAAGUUCUCAUCACCAAAGAAAUCACCUAGUACCAAACUAUUAGCUCCUGAUACAAAGGUUAAACAUGAGACUCACCAUGAAGAAGACACUCACAAAGACAACGAUGACUUUUGUUUUGCUUGUGGACGUCCCGGUAUUUUCAUCUGCUGUGAGACCUGCCCUAAAUCAUUCCACUUUACUUGUUGUGAUCCGCCAAUAGAGGAGCCACCGGAGGAUGACUGGUACUGUCACGAAUGUUUUGCAAAGAGAUAUCCGCAAUUGAUACCAAAUUGGAAAGAUGUAGGUAUAUUUGGAAAGUUGUUGAAUGAUUUGGAAGUACGAAAUCCAAAAGUAUUUCAGCUUCCGCGGAAUUUUAGAGAUGAUACCUUUAUUGGUGUCUACACGGGAGAAAAUGGUGAUUAUGCCGAUGACUCAGAAAAGCCAGACAUGCCUGCCAGUAAAAGAAACGGGCUGCAAAUACCGGGCUUUAAUAGAAACGAAGAUCUCGAGGUUGAAAAGUUGUAUGAUGAAAAAGGCAAUCCGUUCUUGUGUCACAAGUGCGGCGAAUCUGGCCAAAACCAUAGGACGUUGAUCAAAUGUGACUAUUGUCCUCUCAUUUAUCAUGUGGAUUGCCUCCCAUACCCAAUGUUUGGACCCAAAACAAUUGGAGAUAAAUGGAGAUGUCCCAACCAUAUCAGGGAUUUAUUGCCCAAGGGGUUUCCAGAAAUGAGGCAGUUUAAGGAGACUGAAGUGGUUGAAGGAUCGUUGCAUAGUAAUUUUCUAAACAUAUUGGCUAUGGAUAGCUUCGUUGUUAAGUUCGACACCGAUGAAUACUUCAAAGACAACUCAAAGCACACUCUAGACGAAUUUGAAAUAUAUCCCGAUGAGCUUGGCAAAUUGAAUGCUCUUUCCUCGUGGGGCAGCGACAUGGAAGCAAUUCACCCAAACUAUAAAAUCCCUGCCUAUUUCAAAACAGAAUCUACUUCUGAUGGUGUGUUAGCGAAAAUGACUAAUAAAGUAGUGGGUAUACCAAAAUCAACAUCCUCAAACUUGACCACAUAUCGAAUACCAGAGAGGCUGAUACUUCUUGACUUUGCACAAAAGGUUCAAGGUAAAAAGGAUAUUUUGACCCAGAAUGAGGAGUACGAUUAUGUGCAAAGGUUGGAAGAAAGUAGUCCGGCAGAGUUGGAAGUUGUAGAUGGACUAAAAUUGAUAAAAGAGCGGCAAAAACAGUUGAACUUGGAUGCCCUCUUGAAAAUAGUAAACUUGGAGGAAGAUCACACUACAGAAUCGCCAAAAUUGAAAGCUGAAGAAAUAGACGAGUUGGUAAAGAUUAAAAAAUUAAUGGAAGCUAAAGGUCAAGACGCAUUGCUCAGCUUCUUGAAGGCAAACUAA